AUGGCCCUCAGUAUCCGGCAGAAUGGCGUCGAGGGGUAUUUCAGUUUCAUCAUAGUUGAUGUCUUGCCUACCGUGCUGACGCUUUACAUGGAUGCUGGCUUCAAACUGCCUCCUCCAAAAAGAGAUGAAGUGCUUCUCUGCAAUUCCACAACUACCUUUGAAGAAAUCAAGUUGCUUUGGUUGAGAGCGAUGAAGGACGAAUCUGGAAGGAUCUACUGUCUGGUGCAUGCAGAACUCUUGGAUUAUGAUGUGGCUUCGGAAGUUGAAAAAUCGCUCAAAAUCCAUAUAAAUCCAGUUAAAAAUGUUAAGUUUGUUAUAGUGUGUAGCUCGAACAAAAGUGAGAAAUCCCACUUGAUUAAUGUCUUUGAGCAGUUCAAAGUGAAAUGUCCUCACCUUGAUAUAGAGCAAGUACAGAAGGUGUGCGUAAGAAUGAUCAAAUCUCACAGGGCUGGCGUCGGAAAAACGUUGCGAGUAAAAAGAUUUGUUGAAGAGUUGCAAAAUAAAUUAAAAAUGAAUGUAGAUGAUAAAGAUUGGUGUUUGUGUAGCGUACCUUUGCACAGUCGGGUCGUUGACGAUACGUCGGUCAUCAGGUUACUCAGAUUAAGUAAAUAUAACGACGACCCCAGGAUAUAUCACUUGGAUGUCUCAAGAGAGGUGACGGAGGGAGUGGAUCACUUGCUCUUCAACUUGCUCGUACUAGGCAGUGCGGCAGACAGCAAUGGCUACAUGUGGAGUAGGUCUGCAAGGGACUUUUAUCUCGUCGAAAGCAUGCCGCUCCUAAUCAAGAUGGCCACUUCUAAUAAGGAUGGGAAAAAUACGUCUCUUCAAUAUCUUCACCAAGUUUUCUACCUGCUUCCUUCACUGACCUGCUGGUCGCCUGCCGACUGCUUGAAUAUCAUCCAAAGCAAAAACUUAUGUCAGUGCUCAUUUUACUUUUCAAAAACUAAUUGCUCGUACGAUUUAAAUCAUUUAUUCUGCAAAAUAUCGUUCCCAAUUAAAGCCGUACCUCGACACAAGGGAGCCAAGUAUCAGGAAAUUGAUCAGUUGAUGGAUGCAGAAGAACUCGCCAGUGAUACAUUUCAGCGUCCUUGCCAUUACCUCCAUGCAAUUUCUUCCAACGUUCCUCUUGCUCAUUACGAUAAGAAGAAGAAGACUGCAAACAUAUCCGAGUGCAUCACUUUGAUGAUGAGUUUUUGCAGCGUUCAGGAUCCCUCGUGGUCAGAAUUGAAAUAUUUUGCUCAGUUCCUCAAUUACCAGCUAUCCUUGAGUGAAAAAUCUUCAUUCUGUCAUCCAGUCAUGGCUCAGGACAUGCCAGGAUUUUUUAAUUACGUUGUCAAUUUUGUCAUCAGCAUGUCCAGGAGCGGCACAUCUAUAAAUAUUUUGGACUACUACGGAAUGAAAAGAACAUGGGAAACCAGUUCCCAUCCUUACCUCUUCUUCAACUACGACAACCACUCGUUCACUUUCAUGGGCUUUAUAGUCAACCCCAAAAAUGGUGACGUCAUUGAACCUGUAACAGGGAAAGUUUUAAUGGAGCAGGCUGUAUCACUACCUCUCUACCAAGCUCUGGCAAGGAACAGGGUGAACCUUAAUGAAAACUUCGAUAAUCUAAAUAGUUAUUUUGGCGUCACUUAUAUUUGGAUAUUAUUGCGCAGGAUGGAGAAGUUGCAGAAGAUGUGUUUGGUGAUGGGGAAGGAGUACAUGCACGAUCCGGAUAACACGUUCGAAUUGACAGCUGAUAAUGUCAAAAAGCUCAUGGCAAUAUACAUGCGAUUCAAGUGCAACAUUCCAGUCAUUGUGAUGGGCGAAACAGGUUGCGGCAAGACGAGACUGAUCAAGUUCCUCUGCGAUUUCCUGAAGCCACCUGGUGUCGAUGUCAACAACAUGAUUCUUAUGAAGGUACAUGGUGGCACGACUUCAGAACAGAUCAUCAGGAAAGUAACAACCUCAUCAAUUGAGGCUCAACGGACAGCUGCGGCCUAUCCUGGCACGGAGACGGUGUUGUUUUUUGACGAGGCCAACACGACAGAAUGCAUCGGACUCAUCAAGGAGAUCAUGUGUGACAGAAGAGUCAAUGGAAUGCCUCUCAACCACAUUUACAGCCUGAAGUUCGUGGCUGCCUGCAAUCCAUACAGAAAACAUUCAGACAUGAUGAUCAAAAGAUUAGAGAAGGCAGGUCUCGGCUACCAUGUGCAGGCUGAUCAAACAACUGACAGGCUGGGUCACUUGCCAAUGAGACAGCUGGUGUACAGGGUGAAGUCCCUGCCAGCAAGCUUGCUUCCUCUCGUUUGGGAUUUUGGCCAGUUGAGUUCACGAGUCGAAAAAAUUUACAUUGUCCAGAUGUUCAACGAGUAUAAGGUGAAUAUGAAUUCGUACAUCAUUGCCAAAAUAAGUGACAUUCUGACGGCCUCUCAAGCGUUCAUGCGACAGCAGCAGGAUGAAUGCAGUUUCGUUAGUCUCAGGGAUGUUGGCCGUUGUCUCCAGGUUUUCAUCUGGUUCCUCAGUCAUGAGAAUAUUUUUGAAAGGAUGAAUGGCCUUGUCCAGGAAAGACUGAAUGAAAAAAAGAAGCUCGAUGAUAUGUCAAAGUUAAACCAAGCUGAAGAUAAGGACGAAACCAAAAUUUGUUAUGUGUUGAACGCAGUUCCUCGAUCUCUCAUGUUGGCCUUGGGUGUCUGCUAUUACGUCUGUCUUGAAAAAAGGAAGGAAUAUUUGGAGUUUAUUGCUCCAUAUUUUCAGGACCUUUGUGCUGAAAAUGGAACUGCUGAGAAGAUCUUCGAAGAAAUUGACACCUGCCAGGACGUUUUCCUCAACGAGAUCGAUUUGGCGAGCAACAUUGCGAGGAACCAGGCUCUGAAGGAGAACUUGUUCAUGAUGGUGGUCUGCAUUGAAUUGAGGAUUCCUCUCUUCCUCGUUGGCAAACCUGGCAGUUCUAAAUCUCUGGCAAAGACUAUCGUUGCAGAUGUCAUGCAAGGCAACCAGUCGAAAUCGGAUUUGUUUAAAUCUUUUAAAUCGGCACACAUGGUGUCGUACCAGUGCAGUCCACUGUCAACCCCAGACGGCAUAGUUGGAACAUUUGGCCAAUGUGCCAGACUGCAGAAAGAUAAAGACCUUGAGAAGUUUGUUUCUGUGGUUGUCCUUGAUGAGGUUGGCCUCGCCGAAGAUUCAGACAGAAUGCCUCUUAAAACCCUCCAUCCAUUGCUUGAAGACGGAUGUGAAGGCGAUGAAAAACCUGAACCCUACAAAAAAGUUUCCUUCAUUGGCAUUUCCAACUGGGCACUCGAUCCUGCUAAGAUGAAUAGGGGCAUCCUGGUUCAGAGAGGUAUUCCUAGCCAUCAAGAACUUCUGCUCAGUGCCAAAGGGAUAUGCAAUGCCGACUACAACGUUGGAUUGAAAUGCAACAAGUUAUUGGAACCCCUCGCUGAGGGUUACUUCGAACUUUACCAAUCCACACUUCAUAACGAAUUUUUUGGACUGAGAGAUUUCUACAGUUUGGUGAAGAUGGUUUGUUUCAUGGCGGAGAAGCAGGAUGACACUCCGACGUGGGGUCAGCUGAAGACUGCCAUCAUGAGGAACUUUGGAGGACUUGAUGCCGUCCAACCACUGGAUGUCUUCAAAGGACAUCUGUCACACGUCAUCGACACAACCGAUGGAUUAACUUGUUUCCAGACGGAAUCAUCUGACAGUGAUCAUAGCCCAGCUCAUCUCAUCAGACAGAGUUUGCAGGAAGAUUGUAAAGAUUUAAAUUUGAAAUGCAAAUUGUGCAGCGAGAGUAGGUACCUGUUAAUCCUGACGGACAACUAUGCAGCCCUGCACCUGCUGCAGCAUGACCUGCUACAAAUCAAGGACGCCAUCAUCAUCUUUGGAAGUAGUUUCCCAAAAGAUCAAGAAUACACCCAGGUUUGUAGAAAUAUCAAUCGAAUAAAAGUCUGCAUGGAAACAGGCAGAACGGUCGUUCUCCUGAAUCUGGAAAGUCUCUAUGAAAGUCUCUACGAUGCUCUCAACCAGUACUACAUAAAGUUUGGUGAUCAGAGGUUUGUUGAUUUGGGACUGGGGACUCAAAGAGUGAAAUGCAGAGUGCAUGAAUCGUUCAGAUUGAUAGUCGUAGCGGAAAAGCAAGUGGUAUAUAACAAAUUUCCCAUACCACUGAUCAAUCGACUUGAGAAGCACUACUUAGCAACAAGCAGCCUGCUCACAAGCAGUCAGGCUUCCGUGGCCAGCAAGUUGAAAUCGUGGGCUUUCGAUUUUGCCACUCAAACUGGAUUCUGUUAUAGAUCCAAAAAAAGCCAGCAGCCAUUAAUUGAGGAUGCGAUCAUUGGCUACCACGCAGACGCGCCUGCCUCAGUGGUCAUUCAAAUUUGCAAGAACAACAAAAGCAGCAUUCUAAAUGAAACGGAGAUGUUGUCGAGAUGUAAGAGAGUUAUGCUGCAGUGCGCCACCCCUGAGUCACUGUUUCGAUUGAAGAACUCAAAGUUAUCAUUUGACCAAGAGCAGUACUUCAACUGCUACUUCAAGCAACAAUUCCACUUGUCUUUGAAAGAUUUCAUUCAGGGAGUGUUAAUCGAGGAAAAGAAGAUGAAUGAUGAUACUACAGAUGAGACGGACGAAAAUUGUUACUGCGAAAAUGAUUCUGAUGGAUGUAUUUUUGUUCAAAUAACCACCCACUCACGUCUGUUGUUGAAGCGGGAAACAUCGGAUCUCUGCAAGUCUUUGAAUCUGCCAAACAAUUCCAUUCAACUUUUGUCUCUACAGUCAAUAGGAACCGAGCAUCAGUUCUGUAGAGAACUACGAGACUUCUUCAGUGAUGAUGACGUUGCGAAAGAUAAGGCAAAGUUGCGGCGUGAAAUUUUAAUAGUUCAAUGCGACUCUGGUGAUCAGCACUCCCAACUGAUAGCCUGCACGAGGUACAACAUUUCCAAUGAGUACGCUAACUACUGUCUUUCCAGGAAGCAGCUGAACAGCGGUGUUGGUGACGUGGCUGCUGACAACGAGGACAGCAGAGGAAUGAAAAUGAAUGGAGCGGCGAAACAUGUCCUGUUCAUCAUUCAGCUACCAAGGAUUGUCGGCGGAUGCUUUGUUGGAUUGCAGGGUGGUAGAUGGAUGUCCUAUCAUAUUGAUGACUUACUACCCAAGAACAACGUAAUUGAAAACAUGAUCGAGUUGCGGGACAAAACAGUCAGUUCGCUGUUUGAGUUCGGUGAGUUGUCAUUCGAACGACCGGGCGCAAGCAAAAUUUGCGGGGAUGAAGAAGAAAUAUCCAUUGAUAACGAGCAGGAAAGUUCCGAUCGUGAUGUUAACGGCGGCAAAUUUUUAAUUUUAAGUAAAGAUGAUGAAAACAAGGAUGACGUAAACAUGAACGACGGCGAUCAUCAAGUAGAAAGCAUUGAAGUGGUUCCUGAAAAUGGUGCAUUCAAGUUUUCAACCGAAGAAUUUCCGUCUGUUGGAACUUUCUUUCCAGAACAACCAGCCAAACCUUCGUUGAAGUUCGUCCCGGCCAAUGAAAGCAAAUCAACGUGGUGCCAAAGUGAGGCGAACGAACUGAUUAAAAACUGCGUGCACGCAGCCAUCGCCAUGCUGGAGACGCAGGUCAGCAGCAGGUCGAGUGGAAGCCUCGGAGGUGCAUCCCGCAAAACGGAACUAAUCGACCUCUUGUUGAAUAAUCUCCAUCAGCCAAUCAGCGGAGGGGGUAAUGUUGCUAUUAUGCUAUUAAAAUAUUCAAAUCGUUCAUUCGUCGAAUACCUGGAGUGCAAGGUGACACCUGUACUUGCCUACAUCAUCUCACUUCUUGAUACCAACCAGAAUUUAAACAUAAUGCUUGCCCACGAUGACAACAUGCACUGGAUCAAACAUUUCUGCUAUCUUGCUUUGGCUGAUAAGAACUUUCUUUACCUAAAGUUUAGUGACAUCCGGACCGUGACACAGAAAUCCAACAAGACAAGUUUUGAACUGAAGACCUGCGGUUGCCAUGGAAACAAAUUAAACCCCAUGUUCCCUUUUUCAUGGCUUAUCAAAGAACAAAUUGAUAAAUUAUUGAAUGUACAGCGAAAGACUCAUUCGAACAGAUCAAUUUCACUGAUUGAAAUAUUUGGUGACUCUGAGAUUGGACAUUUCGUGAAGGAAACAUGUGAAGGUGAUGAAGACGUCCAGAGAGAUAUGUUCGAAAGAUAUUUGAAUGAUUUCGUCUAUAUGAACUACAGGUCACAAAUGAAAGAGUCAAUUUCUCAACAGAUUGAGGUCGUGAAGGAAGAUUUAAGAAAUCAGAUAUUUUCCGAUGACUUAAUGUCUGAUGGAUGCGUUGAGAAUAAGUUCAGUUUGGUGAACAUUCACGUGGUGCAUGAACAAGUUCACGUGAGGUACUUGUUGUUCGUUGAAUUGUUAACUUCCUGUCCUCAAGCCGCUCUUUCCAUUCAUCAAGCAUUGGACGUGGUGUGCUUACGGUACUGCACAGAUGUGUUGUUACCUGGCAAAGAGCAAUUCAAUGAUCUCCAGAAAAUGAAAAAGUGGACGGAGGAUGUGGAAAGCUUCAAAUGGAACAGAAUUGUGGCAAUGAAACUUUUUUUUAAUAACGUUUGUCAGAAUUUUCAAGAAAACAAUUUUGACGUAGAAAGACUUGAUUUCUUGUGGAAUUUCCUUGGUGACAAACCGGAUUUUAAAGAAGUACGAGUGUUGAACAAUGUUGAAAAAUAUUUGGAGCUUUGCAAUACGAAAGCAAUUAAACGCCACCUAGGGAAGCAGCUGGACAUGAAAUGUUGCCACUGCAGCAAGGGUACAGUCUCCAUUCAGAGCAAAUGCUGCCACAGAUACUGCAAACCAUGUUUCCUCAUCAUCAUCAACCAUAAACACGGACGAUGCUGCGUAUGUAACAGCGUUUUCACCGAAGAAGAAAAAAAACCCAUCGAAGUUGAUAAGAAAAAAGUGCAAUGUUAUGAGUCGUACAAGCAGCGAGUCAAUGCCUUCCUCAUCUCCCUAGUGUCCCAGCUCUGCUUUGCCGGCAGGACUCCUCCGAGUGCGCAAGUAGUAGCCAAGCUAAUGGGCUAUGUGACACUUCAUGGCCAUUCAUUGAAAAUCAAUGAGGAUAGUAGUGAUAGUAGUGCUGGUAACGAAAUGCCUGAAAGUGAACUAUUGAUGACUGUGGACAUGGCAAAAAAUUGCAUUGAUCCAACACCUGUUGUCAGAUCUUUCCUGCUUCAAAUGCUUCUAAGAUAUCAAAUCGAAGAUGUAGAAGACUAUUUGGAUAAUUUUUUUGAGGAAUCCCUGAGACUUAUCAACGAAAAUCACGAGCACAUCGUUGAAUUGUGUGCGCUCUGUUUACACUGUUUUGAGGAUCACUUUUACAACCUCGGCUUGAAGCAGCAGCAGACGAAGUUGAGGUUCAUUCUUAACCUUUGGAAGAGCUAUGAUGUUCCCACCGUGAAUCAAGGAUUGUUGGGUGUUAAAAAACUUCAGAAAGUUGCCCUUAUUCAAUAUGGCUUGCAUGAAUUGGCUGGUGCUAUCUGCAUCAGUUCUAACGGCAUUGGAACGGAUGGUAGUGUCUUCAGAUACUUCCUGAUAAAACAAAUCGCUCGGAGAUUUGGCAUAAAAUUACUUAUUGAACUUUCUCAACAACCGCGCUGGCACUGGAUAAUUGGACCGAAUGAAACAAACGAUCAGCUAAAACAACCAGCGGACAGAUUUUUGCUCGUCGGUGAGACAUACAGAGAUUGCAGAGAUGCCAUCACUCUAGUAACCAUGGGCAACGAUGUUCAACUGCUUGAUCAGAUUAAAAAUUUAAAUGACUACAUCUUCAACCUGGCAUUGUACCAAGGUGUUACUCGCAGGAACCAUUUUGAAGAUUCCGAAGAACACGUUGAUCAAAAGUUUGUAGAUUCCCUCAACCAGUACAUGUUGAAAAAGUCGACAGUCAAGAACAAAGAGUUAUCUGCAAAGAUUUUAACCAACAACAUGGAUGGCAUGAAGGUGACGCCAGCCGAUCACUCGGAAGUCUUGGACCUCUUGAUGCACUUCACAAUCGCUCUAUCCGGUUUAAAAAGAAGCAACAGUUUGUUGGGAUGCAUUGCAAAACUCUGCCAAGAUGCAGCCUUCAUUAAGACUGCUUACCUUCCUACGAUGCCUCACGACGUAGUGGCAGAAGCUUUCUCAGUUCUCCAAACUAGCGUCUUUGAAGGACCGCUUCAGCUUUAUGUCUGUCCCGAUGGCCAUCCAUACACAAUUGGAGAGUGUGGUAAACCGGCAAUGAGUCGACCUUGUAAUGUUUGCGGCAAAAUUGUUGGAGGCACGAAUCAUAACCUGGCUGCUGAGAAUCAAUUGUUGACCUUCACCGGAGAUAAAACGAAGUCAGGUCAUAUUUUGGGAAAGGCAGAGAAGAGAGGACCUGCAACUUCUGAGCGGGACAUGACCGCCCUGCAAACGUCUCUUGUCAGAAUUCUUGUACAUCUAUCUCUCUAUGUUGCAUCACAAACUAAGGACUUUCCACAUGGGAUCAUAGAUCCAACCAUCUCCACGGUAGAUUGUUCGACAUUUUUCAUGAACCACAUUAUCCGAGACUUGCAGGAUAUCGAGACCUGUCUGCUGAAAAGUCGUGAUGAUGUCCUCCUGGUUCUGCAUCAGCUCGUACACAACAUCGCCUCGUCUGAUAAUAAGUCCUCACAUGGAGCCGAUGUUAACUGGGACUCAAAAGAGGGUAGAAAACAAUGGGAGAUUCAUUUUGUCGCUCAAUUCAUUGCUCCUCUUGUUGCAAAUCUUGAUGCAAAGUUAAAAGCCAUCCAGCAGUUGAUCAUGGAAGAUAAGAGACAAGAAAGCAACAAGUUGAUGAAAAUAAUAUAUGAAGUCGAAACACAGCCAUUGUAUGUAAAAUCAUUGAAUGUGAACGAGAUUGAAAGUUCCCCUUUAUUGUGGAGGUACAGAACAAGAGUUUCAAUGGAGAACAUGAUAUUGGAUCUGCAGAACUUGAAUUCUGGAGUUAACUCUAAUAACUCUCAUGCACUACUGCAGUAUUUCUUGAAGAGGCAACCUUUACUUAGGUUACUUCAGCAUUUGCCAACAAUUCACAAACUUCAUCAGAAGUUGAUCUUCAAAUUAAACAGAACAUUGGAUUAUUCAGAAUCAAAUGCGGUCACAAUCAAUAACUUUUUGGACCUCUCGUUAGAUGAUUACGAGAGAAGUGAGUUUCAAUCUCUGUUUGAGGUUUUCAUUGAGACCUGGAAUGCUGUUAGGCACUCAAUCCCUGAUGUUUACAAAGGAAUCAAACUACCGGAGAAGUAUUUGAAAGAUAAUUUGACGUUGAACAGUGAGAUUGCAGUUGCCUUGCCGCUAUGGAGGAGGUAUGGUCUUUAUUCUGUGGCUCUUGUGCAAUUCCUCAUCGAUCAACAAAAUCAGUUGCUUGAUUUCUUUUCAAAGGAAAAAAUAGUCAGUAAUAUACAGCACGUGAAUUUGGACGAAAGCACAGUGGCGCACAUCGUAACAUACGAUCCUGAUAGGGACCUACCCGCCCUUCUCCUUGCGAAUUGCAACUAUUCUUUCCAGCUGGGUGCUUUCACGAAAAUUGAAUAUGAUUAUGACAAUAUGGAAAAACAAAUCAUAUCUAAAUUUAUAUCCGGAAAACCUUUUUUGAACCCAUCUAUGAAUGUAAUAAUUUUCAAAGAAGAUUUCAAAGCAGCUGUAACGUUUGCUGAAUUGGAACGAAGGAUAAAGCAGGUUCAGAUGCCACAAAACAUCUUCGAGAAGGACUUGAAGACGUUGGCAACUGCAAGCGAUGCGCUGGCCUGCUUCAACAUCGUCGUCGAAUUUUUAUCUUCUGUUGCCACCGAUCCUGAGAAGAAAAUUGUUGAUUUCAUGAAUGAAUUGAAGAGUUUGCAGUUGAAACAUGCGAGAUCAGCUUGGUUGGCGAUAUCGUUGAUAAGGGCAAAAUUUCUAGUGAAAAAUGAACAGAACCCGCUGGAUCAUGUCGACGGCAAGUUCAAGCAGAACCUCUCAGAUGAUAUGAGGCAGCGGCUGGUACAGUGCUUCGCCAAUGCUAGGAUGGAUGACUUUAUUCAGACGUUUUAUGAGUGCAUACUUUUUGAGCUCACCCAAACUGGAACAGUGCAUGAUGAUGUUGGAGAAGAUUUCGACAACUCCAAUCAAAGGUUGAAGGAUGUUCUGUACGAAUACUUCAGCGCCAAAGAUAAGGAAAAUGCUUUUCCAUUCCUGUCCAGUAAUGAAUUUCCUGACGAAAUUCUUGUCAGCCACUGCCUGUCAACUUGGUUAUGUGCACUUUAUCCCAAUAAAAAGAUUGAAAUCAAAGAAGAUUCCACAGUGCUUCGAAUCUCUUGAUUUCUACUAUGUCGUUUCAUGAACUAUUAUAAAUUAUGUUAAUUUAAUUAUUUUUAAUCAUGUUAAACACAAAAUUUUAAAAACAAAUUUUAAAAUAUUUUUAUAGACGUUUCCUUCAGUAAAUAUUUUUAACAUCAAAAAACGUUUUGAAUGCUUUUAAUUACUUAAAAUAUAAAUAUUUUUAAU